AUGGCGCAAUAUAACUAUUGGCCACGUUAUGGACCUGAAAACUAUUCUUUCAUCUUGCCCUUGGAAGAUAGUUUUGAUGCUGUAAAAUCCACAGAGUGGAUGCAAAUAAAUUGGAUUCAUUCAGUUGUCUGGUCCAUCGCUUAUGUUCUUGCUAUAUUUGCUGGACAAAAGAUUAUGGAAGGUCGUAAGGCUUUCCUUCUGGAUACGCAAUUGUUUUUCUGGAAUGCUGGAUUGGCUAUUUUUUCCAUAUUGGGAUUCGUAAGAAUGACACCUGAGUGGUUCUGGAGUUGGCAUGGAAAUUCCUUCGCUUAUUCAGUAUGUACGGCUUCAUUUGCUCAGGGAGUAACAGGCUUUUGGACAGAACAAUUUGCGAUGAGCAAGGUAGCAGAGCUAGUGGAUACAGGCUUCAUUGUUCUGAGAAAAAAACCUCUUCUGUUUCUUCAUUGGUAUCAUCACAUUACAGUCUUGGUGUACACAUGGCAUGCUUAUAAAGAUCAUACUGCCUCAGGACGCUGGUUCAUAUGGAUGAAUUAUGGAGUUCAUGCUCUCAUGUAUUCUUAUUACGCUUUGAGAGCUCUUAAAAUAAGAACCCCGAAACAGGUUGCUAUGAUCAUAACGAUUUUGCAAAUAUCGCAAAUGGUGAUGGGUGUCGCUAUAGGAAUCACAGUUAGAAAUAUUAAGAAUGCCGGUGGCGCCUGUCAACAAACUUGGGAGAAUCUUGGUCUCUGCUUCACUAUUUAUUUCACAUACUUUCUUCUUUUCUGUAAUUUCUUCUAUCAUGCAUACGUUAAGAAAAACAAUAGAUACACCGUUACUGACAAAAAAAGCAAGAAGACUGAAGCCACUGAGUCCCUUAAAGAAGACAUUAACGCUAACAUUCCUUCUUCAGGAGCAGUUACCAGGUCUUCUGCUAAGAGAAGAGCCGUUAAGGCCGAUUAA